AUGCAGCCCACUUCGAACCGCGAUCCGGCGGUUCAACCGGCCGCGGGCCAGGGACCCGCUUUCAGAAUAGGGCAGAGGGUCCAUUUUUGCGGGCAACCCAGGAGAAUCGGGACGGUCAAGUACGUGGGCCCCGUGGAGGGUUUCUCCGGUGAUUGGGUGGGCGUCGAUUGGGAUGCCGACGGCGAGGGCAAGCACGAUGGGUCCCACAAUGGGGCCAGGUACUUCAUGGCCAGGGGGCCCAAGACAGCGUCUUUCGUGCGGCCCCACAAUCUGAGCGCAGGGGUAUCGCUGGUGGAAGCACUAGAAACUCGCUAUCGAUCUGCCUCUACUAAGGAAGAGGAAGAGGAGAUGUAUGUCCUUUCUGCAACAAACAAAAGAGUGUCAAUCGAGCUUCUUGGGAAACACAAAAUUGAAGAGAAAAUGAGUCGACUUGAGGAGUUGACGAGUGCAUCAUUAUCUUACUUGGGAGUCAGUAAUCCUGGGAACCCUGAACACAUCAGUUCAACUCUACCAAAUAUUAAGGAGCUCGACUUGACUGGAAACCUACUUGAUAACUGGGAAGAUAUUGGUGUUGUGUGCAAAGGAUUGACUGCUCUCACAACUCUCAAUCUGUCCAAUAAUUGCUUGUCACACCAUAUCAUUAAUGUGCCCCAGCUAAGCAAUAUUCAUGUACUAGUCCUGAACCAAACAAGAGUAAUCUGGAAGCAGGUCGAAGUUCUUAAAGAUUCACUCCCACAUGUUGAAGAGCUGCAUCUGAUGGGAAAUGAAAUAAAGGAAAUAGCGCCAUUAUCAUCAGUGGUUGUCCGAGGAUUUAAUUCUCUAAAACUUCUUAACUUGGAAAACAACUUUAUCUCUGAUUGGAAUGAAAUUAUCAAACUCUCUCACUUACCCAGUCUCGAGCAGCUUUUCCUGAAUAACAAUAACAUAAAUCGUGUCUGGUAUCCUGAUUGUGGUGAAUUGGGUGAGCCAUACAAUGGGUGUGAAUCUCAUGAUAAAAGUUCUAAGCCUUUCAGCAAUUUGCGCAGCCUUUCUUUGGGGGGCAACAACAUUGAAGGCCUGGAAUCUGUUGAUUCACUUAACUCCUUCCCAAACUUGACAGAAACUAGACUGUCCGAAAAUCCUGUUACGGAUCUGGGGAAAGGAGGUGUCCCUAGAUUUGUCUUUAUUGCUCGGUUAGCAAAUAUUAUGAUACUAAAUGGAAGUGAGAUUAGUCCUCGAGAACGGAAAGACUCCGAAAUACGCUAUGUUCGCUUGGUAAUGUCAAAGUUUCAUGCCAGUCCAGAGGAAAUUGGCAAGCUCCAUCCAAGGUUUGCUGAGCUUAAAAAGACCCAUGGACUUGAAGAUGAAAGACCUUCGAUAGGGGGAUUGGGUGCUCAAAACACAGCUUCUGGAUUAAUUUCUAUUACUUUGAGAUGUGUUGGGGCAUCAAUGGGCGAAAAGCCCCCAGUAGUAAAAAAGCUACCAGCAACCACAACGGUUGGGAAACUGAAAUUUCUAUGUGACAUUUUCUUCAAGUUAAAGUCCAUCAAGCCAAUAUUGUAUCUCCAAGAAGAGUGUUCCCCUUUACCUACAUUGCUUGAGGAUGAUGCGGCAUCUCUUAAUGAACUAGGGGUGGGGAAUGAAUCCACCAUUCUUGUAGAUGAGCAAUCUUGA